UUACCAUGUUGUGAUAAAGAAAGAGAAAUUUAGAGUUGAUGGACAGCAACAAAGAAGAUUAAUCAGCUGUGUGAGAGAAAACUGAAGCUGCAGAGAAGAAAACCAGACUGAUCAGGAACAAGAACAUGUUUUGGUGUGCAGGAGAAUGAAGAGAAAAGAGGACAACAAUAGACCCAGACAGACAAGAGUCUACAGAACAAACACGUGGUGACAGUCAUUCCACUAACAUGGAUAAGUAUGAAAUGGUGAAGAAAAUUGGGAAAGGUACAUUUGGAACAACCAUCCUCGUCAAAUCCAAAGAGGAUGAACAACAAUAUGUCAUCAAGGAGAUACAUGGCAUAUCUGAAAUGUCGACUGAAGAGAGGCAGAAAGCUCAACAAGAAGUUGAAGUUCUUUCCAACAUGAGUCAUCCCUUCAUUGUCCAGUAUAAGGAAUAUUUUGAAGACACGAGCUGUCUGUGUAUUGUGAUGGACUACUGUGAAGGUGGAGACCUCUCCAAGAAGAUCAAAUCUCAGGAACAUUUCUCAGAAGAGCGAAUCCUGGACUGGUUUGUGCAGAUUUGUUUGGCACUAAAACACAUCCAUGAUAGAAAAAUCCUCCACAGAGACAUCAAACCACAGAACAUAUUCUUGACUAAAGAUGGGACUGUACAGCUUGGGGACUUUGGAGUUGCAAGAGUGUUGAAGAGCACUGGAGACCUGGCAACAACACAGAUAGGAACACCACUUUACCUAUCACCAGAGAUCUGGGAGAACAAACCAUACAACAACAAAUGUGAUAUUUGGGCCCUAGGUUGUGUCCUGUAUGAAAUGUGCACUCUUCAGCCAGCAUUUAAGGCUGGCAGUAUGGGGGAACUAUAUCAGAAGAUCAACCAUGGCUCAUACUCUUCUGUGUCUGAUCACUACUCCCAAGAACUGCGCUCUCUCUUGGCUCAGCUGUUGGAUUGUGACCCUGAAAAGAGACCCUCAGUCAGCAGCAUACUGAACAGACCUUUCCUCUGCUGCAGGAUACUGAAGUUCCUCACACCACAGAUCAUUGCUCAGGAAUUUGGCCCUGAAGAGGGAGUGAUACUGGGGUCAGCAGGUAAGCAAACUAUUCAUCUCUAUAAAUAG